AAUAGAAAGCCAGCAGGUGGAAAGAGGCAAGCCAUGGAAAUAUAAACAAGGGAUAUUUAAUUAGUAAUGCCACUUUUAAAUAACGCAGAAUCAAACGACAAUGACAAGAAAAACAUUUUCACGUGAUCUGGGAUAGCUCAGUAGCUAAUUAAGUUCAUGUUUUCCGUUUAGUCUUAGCAGUAGUCAUCUCAAUUUGUCUAUAAUGAUUUUUGUACCGGUCAUCUGUUCAGUGUCAUAACCUAACGUACGGUCCCGAGGUCUGAAUUUUCACAAUGGACUAGAUGACGUAUCUUUUCUUGUCACAGUAGCUAGCUCGGUCGCCAGCUAGAUCUUGUGUGGACGCCCUCUUAUUAAUAUGUCAAAGACUGUCUACUGCACGUUUUGGUAAGAGGCACCUCGCAUUAUGACUCAACCCCGUCCAUGUAGCCAUUCAGUGUGGGAAGCGCGGCAUGCGUGUCUUGCCCUCGUUUGAACACAACGCAACAGAACUCCAUUUUUUAAAAAGAAAUCAGUAGCAAGAGACAGUUGUAUUUAAACAAGCGCGGCCGCGAUGGGGACGACACUCAGUGAACCUUGCAUCUAUGACAAGCUUUCGGAAAGUAUCGAUAUUCUGCGCCAGUCGGGAUAUCGAUAUGGCAUGUCGGAGAAGGAGAUUGAGAAGUUCAUCAAGCAGGUGCUGGAGACCAACGAGCCUCGGAGGGACCCGCCGCAGUUCAACAUUCUUCGAGAAACCGUCAAGUUUGUAGUUGCAGUGGGCUUCCUGUUGGUGGUGCUGCUGGCCCUCACCUACCCUCAAAGUCCUCCCCAGCUGGGCUUGGCCAUCACCGGGGGCCACAACUGGUCCUCCCCACUCAGUCAUGUGCGGCUACUCUCCCUGCCCAUCGCCAAGAAGUACAACCUGCAAGGGUUCCACGAGUGGUGGAGCGCAGGGGCCCUGCGGCAGGGACUGGUCAACUGCUCCGCCUGCGCCUCCGUCUCCUCCGUCCUGGAGGUGCUGGAGCCUCUGUGUGUCUCGGGGGCGCUGAGACGGGGACCCCAGCCUGUCCUCCUCAAGGGGGGCGGGACCCUGUCCCUGCAGUACCAGCGGCUGGAGCGCUUCUACUCGGCGCACACGGACUGCGUGAGCGUCCUGCUGGAGGAGCGGGAGCACCUGCUGUCCCGCGGCGAGGGCUUCCCGCAGGAGCCCGCCAACUUCACCCUGCUCUGGCGGACCGCCGCUGGCAGGGAAGAAACAUUACGGUGGCUGUUCCCUGAAGCUGAACUCUGCCCCCUGCUGGACAGUGCUGGAAUGACACUGCAGCGAUGCUUGGUUUCUCAUAGCACAGGAUCCCAGAGCAGGGGCCUCCGUGUCCUGGGCUGGCUGCUGGUGGGGGAGGGCCUGCCCUCCGUUCGAGUUCUGCCUGUGCCCCGCUGUCAGAAGCAGUGCAGCUCCUUCAACCUGUGGCUGAGUCCUGGAGAUAUGGUGUACGCCGACCCCCGGUACUGGCAGAUGGAACUGUUCCCAGGCAGAGGGAAGAACAUUGUGUGUGACGGCUCGGCUCUCUGAAGUCAGGCUGGAGCCCGGCCUCCCAGCCCAUACUCCCUCCCGCGGCAGAAGGAGAGCCCCACCGCUAAUGCAAGAGUGGGAUACACUAACCCAGGCUGAUCUCAAACACAGGGGCGGUGUGUGUGUGUGUGUGUGUGUGUGUGUGGGUCAUGGGAGUCAGGGAGGCGCCAGGGGGUCAUUCUCUACACCAGUUUGCCAUGCCUUAGUGUUUUCGCAAACCACCGUGGCCACUGGCUUUGUUUCAUCACCAGUCUGUCAUGGAUUGUCAGUAAUCACACAUGUUAUUCAGUCAGUGAGGGCAAAGGCAGCAAAAAAACUUAACAAAACUGGACUAUAUACUGUCAAGGCAGGGUUAAAAGAUCCUGGGUCCACUUUUAAAUGACCAAUCAUGAUGGCAGCAGUGAUUUCAUUCAAAUUACAGUAAUGCUCAAAUUGAAUCGUCAUAAUAUUACAGCAGCAUUAGAAGCCAGAAUUUUGCAGCAGCUGUUCCAUUUAGCCUAAUUUUCUAUGAGAAUGUGUUUCCAUCAAAUUGUGUCGUAAUAAGUAACAUGGGGUGUAUUUGAAAAGUAAUUUGUAACUGCUGUAUAUAAUUUUACGGAGGUAAGAGACCUCAGGUCAGGAAGAGGACAGUACUUUAACUUCUCGUCUUAGUUCAUACUAUAUGAGGGUAUAGAUAUUUUGAUGUCUUGGUGCCGUUGCCAUGCUGUUGACACUGCUGAACAUGCUUUCACUCCAUACUUUCGUUCACCACUGCAGUUCACAUUCGGUUGCAGUUCCUAUCGCCUCUUUGCAAGCUGCCUGUGAACGCACUUUAACCAACGGCUCGUAUCGACAACGUCGCAGUGUUCAAUGAAUCUUUGUCUUAAAACAAAACUCUUACAGAGCAUUUUUGGUUCCUUUAACUGCUUUUUAGGGCAAAAUGUAAAGACAUUGAAACUUGCCCAACAGUGAGCAAUUUUUUUUUUUUAACUCGUUCUUUGUCAUUUUAGUUCAUUGGUUUUCCCAAGGAAAAACAGGAUGCCAAAGGCAUGCAUGAGACGUCUUUUGAAUCCUUUUGUCUGUCAUGUUUGUUUUAGCUAGCGUGAUCCGGACGCAGCUGGCCUGGGCCAGUCUCGAGCUACCCAGGUGUCCGGGAGAUACAGGUGUUUUUAGUUCAAUCCCAUUAUCACACAUUUUUCCAGCGUCUUAAGUCAUACAUAUGGAGUCUGUGGUGUGGGGCUGCCUUUAUUUUUGGGUUUUCUGUAAGAUCUCUGUUC